GGGUUCUACUUCCGGUAACGGUUCAAAAUAAUGAACCGCGCUUUGUCACAUAUAUAAAAGCGAUUUUAGAUUAAGAAAAAAAGCAAUUUUAAGCUGUCAUGAGUAACGACGAAAAUAAUGGAGAAGAGGAAUACUGUUGGGAAGAAAGUAAAGAAAAUGUUCAGCCCCUUAGACAAGGUAGAAGAAUAGAAGCUUUGAAUAGUGCCCUAGCGACUCCAAGUCGAAAUGGAAGUUUAUCAACUGUUCCGUCUACACCUAGCACUGCUGAAAAAUCUUCUAUCUUAAGACGGCAAAGAGAGGCAUUUGAAAAACAACUCCGUUUGGAACAUGAAGACCCGUUGCAUAUUUGGAUUAAAUAUAUUGAAUGGGUCGAUCAAAACUAUCCAUUGGGAGAUGGCAAUAUAGAAAGGUUACUAUCUAAAGCCGUUCAAAAGUUUCAGGAUGAUUCUGCUUACAAAAAUGACAUACGUUUCAUAAAAAUAUGCAUAAGAGUGGCUUUGAAGAAUACCGACGUACCAUCGAUUUUUCUUUUCUAUAAUUCAAAAGCAAUCGGGAAAAAUUGCGCUUAUUUUUAUAUAGAAUGGUGUAAAUACUUCGCAACUCAAGGAAACUGGGAUAAAGCAAUUAAAAUUUGCAAAACUGGUUUUGAUGUGGGCGCUGAACCCUUAGAGGACUUAAUUAAAACUAUUCAAUUCCUGAAUGAGAGAAAGACCAGUGUUGGAAAUGAUGAUGAGGAAUCCACUACUGAAUCCCGUAGAGCUUUCGGUGAACUUAAAACUGUUGGCAAGAAACAUCACGCUACAAUCGAUCGUACUACAGAUAGAGCAGCUGGAACAUAUUCCGUUCAUAAUUCAACCAAAAAGACUAACGCGGCAGUCAGAAUUGAUGAGAAUGGUGAGGUGGAAAAAACCCCCGUUGUUCCUUGGAACUCUAUGCCCAAAAGAUCUGAUAUGAAGGAAAAUGAACAGCAAAUGUUAAAAAUCGGAGGGCAACGAGUAAAGCAAAAGGUAUGUAAGUCUCUAACGAUGACAGAUGCACCAAGAAAUGUUGAUUUUGAAGUAUUUCAUGAUGAUAUUCCACAGACUGUUGAGAAACCUCCUCAGUCAAAUCCACCAACGUUAAACAUUCCAGUCCUAACUGAAAAAAAGAAAAAGACAUUGGAAGUCGCCUCAAGUGAUGUUACUAAACCAGAAAGGCCGGAAGACGCAAAAGGAAUAAUCGUUGAUUGGGAUGUCUUGUAUGGCGGAAUGGAGGAAAUGUCGUUUGAAGAGUAUCGUUAUUUACGUCAAGAAAACCGAGUCAAAUCGCGGAUAAAGAGUUUAUUCCAAAGCGAUGGUAGAAAAAUUUCCGUUAAUUAUGAAUUGCUAUAUGAUGGUUGCUUUGAAAGAUGUAUUGAAGAGUGGAGACUUGAAUUUUAUAGAAAAAGUGGAAAGGAUAGACGUCAAGAUAUAUUACAAUCCCUUACGUCCGCUGAUAGUGUCGAUUGGGAUAAAACAGAUCUUUCGGGGUCUACUUUAAAGAAUUCUAAAACAUCAUCUAGUCUAUCGAAUUCUGUUAGAAAUAGCUCCGGUCAAGAUUCUCUUGGAAUUUUAGGAUCGGACGCUUUGUCUAGCUUGAUUCCAAAAACUCCUCAAAAGGACAACUUUAAGCUGGAUAGCUAUGGUGACUUGAAGAGGAGGUCCGUCCAAACACCAAACACUUUCCAGGCAAGAAAAUUGAUGUCAUGUGCAGUUAAUCAAUCUUACAGCGUUUUCCUAGAUGACACAAACUUUAUAGAAAAAGAUGAAGUAUCGUCGGAUCUCAAUAUUAUUCCGUCAAACAAUCAAAAAAGAACUCAAAAACCUCCAGAUUUUGAAAUCUUUAAUGAUACUAAUAGCAACCAAUAUUCAAAAAAACCUUUUGUUAGUAAUACCGACGAGAUGGAUGACUCACUUGCGGCUCCAUGCCUAAAAGUAGAUGAUUUUGAAAUUUUUAUGGAUUCUCAUAUAGAGUGUUCGAAAGAAGAGAAACAUGAAAAGAUUCCUAAUUUCGCUGUACCAAGCAAAAUAAAAGACUUUGACAUUUUCGUAGAUUCUCCAACUCCUUCAAAACCAGCUAACAAAGAAAUAUUGAAAACAAAUAAUUAUGCAGAUGCGAUUCAGGAUGACAAAGAAAAUGCGGGUCUUGUUGUGAAAAAUGAUUCAGACACAUCAAAUAAUUCGAGAGAUCAAAGAGCAAAUACCAAAACCGCUAGAAUUGACUCUAAAUAUCUUAGUCCCAUUCAAGAAGUUAGUACUGAAGUUUCAACUAUCUCCACCCAUUCCUCUGCUUCCUCGGCUUCGUCUGCAUCUUCAGUAUCCCUCAAUGAAUCUUCGCACUAUCAUUCUCUGUCAAUAACUUCAGAUGGACUAAAUCACUCUUUGAUGAAUAUUCAAAAUGAUUCUAUAUAUUUAAGAACAAACAACCCUUUUGAUGAUAGAUUUGAAGAAAGAUUGAUCGAACGAUAUGGUAAAAAAAAUCUUUUACGUUAUGUAAAUUAUCAUCAAAUGAAUGCAAUGCUUCCUUUAAUUCGAGUAAAAAGUACAACAAAUGUCGGAGGGGAAAAUUGGAGAAUAUUACAAAAGUUAGGUGAAGGGGCAUUUUCUUCAGUAUACGCUGUCGAGGAUGAAGAAGGAAAUGAUAAUUUCGUUUUCAAAGUUCAAAAAGAUAGAUUAAACGUUUGGGAAUUCUACGUUUUAAAUGAAUGUCAAAAAAAAAUAGAGUCUUGUCUUAUUUUACCAUCUAUAAAAAAUGCGAUUAUUGAAAUCAAGGAUGGAUUUUUCUACGAAAAUGGUAGUUUAUUUAUUUGCAAUAGGUUCAAGUAUGGUUCAUUGGUUGAUUUUGUCAACGCCACUGAUAAUCGCACCGACAAUAUGAUUCUGAUUCUUAUGAUCGCAAUAGAUCUUUUGAUUAUUAUCGACCGACUUCAUUCAUUCAAUUUAAUACACGCUGAUUUGAAAGCGGAUAACGUAUUGAUAAGAGAUAUACCAAGUUUACAAGCAGAAGCUUUGCAUGAUCCGUCUGCUAUGUAUAAAUCAGAAACUAAAUGCAUAGCCUUAAUAGAUUUGGGUAGAAUGAUUGACAUGAAUCUAUUCAAAGAGGGGACUACGUUUACAGCAAAGACAACAACGGACAUGUGUAUUGAAAUGAGAACAAAUAAACCAUGGAAAUUUCAAACAGACUAUUUUGGUGUGGCAGGAAUAUUGUAUCUGUUACACUUUGGCAAGUAUAUGGAAGUCCAUCAGAAAAAUGGAAUGUGGUACCCGAAUGAAAAUGUCAAAAGAUAUGUAAACGGUUCAAAAAUGUGGAAAGAUCUGUUUCAUGAUUUACUUAAUGUACCUUCUUGCGACAGAUUACAAAGUAUACCAAGACAUAUUGGAAAUCUUCUAAGUAUUCUCAAACAAGAAUGCGCAUAUGCUAAAAAAGUUACCAAAUACGAAUCAGAUAGAAAAGAGUUAUUAGCUAAAUUACUUAAACAUUAA